GUAUCGGCUGGAGCCCAGGAUCUGCCGAGAGGAAAGCGGCAGCUUUGCGGCGGGCGAGCCGAGGCCUGCGCGCGCGGCCGGCCUGGACGUGGAGCACCCGUUCGCUGCAGGGAUUCCCGACAGCGCUUUUGGCGAGACGGACAAAAUUAGCCCAAACUCUAUUAGACAUAACCUGUCCCUGCACAGCAAGUUCAUUAAAGUUCAUAAUGAAGCCACAGGCAAAAGUUCCUGGUGGAUGCUCAAUCCUGAAGGUGGCAAAAGUGGAAAAGCUCCAAGAAGAAGAGCUGCCUCCAUGGACAACAGCAGCAAACUUGCAAAAGUCAGAGGUAAAGCAUCCAAAAAGAAGGCUUCUCUACAGUCCACUUCAGAGGCCACUGCUGACAGUCCUGGUUCCCAAUUCCCUAAGUGGCCUGGGAGCCCGUCCUCAAGAAGUAACGAGGACUCUGAUGUGUGGAACACUUUCCGGCCCCGAACCAGUUCCAACGCAAGCACCAUCAGUGCCAGGCUGUCUCCUAUCCUGACCGAGCAGGAUGACCUGCAUGACGAAGAGCUGCUCCCUUCCCUGGUGUACUCCAGCGCAUCCAGCAACGUCCCGCCAACGGUGACCGAGGAGCUCGAGCUCAUUGAUGGCUUAAAUCUGAUGUCUCCCAGCUCGUCUGUGCUCUCCAGCCAGCAGUCUGCCUCGAGUGGUCCAAUCCAGAGAGAUUCCAGCUUUCCCUUGCGGAGCCCGAACGCAGCUGGUCAGACGGCCACUUUUGGCAAUUCCCUGUUCAACCCUGUCGACAUGUCGCUGCAGAGCUCCGUCGGCCACUUCUCCGGCCCCCAGACCUUGGAGGCUCUUCUGACCCCCAGCUCUCCUCCUCCGAGGGACGUGAUGAUGACUCAGGUGGACCCGGUUCUCCCGCAGACCGGCAGCAGGAUGAGCAACCGAACCCUCCUGCUGCUAGGUGGGCAAGCUGGCCAGAGCAAGAUGAGCCCGGGGAACCCCCGAGGAAAGCCUGCGGAGCAACAGGCAGAGCCAGUGGGCACCAGUGUUUUGCCAUCAACACUUCCCAUAGCAGCAUCUCCUCAGAACACUGCCAGCAUGGCCAGUUUGAAGGCUCCAGUUUCUGCAGCAGCUGCCCAGGCAGUCCAGCUGGGCACUCCCCCGCCGCUCUUUUCUUCUGCUAGCCCCGUUUCCGUGGGAUUCAACCAGGACAGGCUGCCCACUGACCUGGACAUUGACAUGUACAUGGAGAACCUUGAAUGUGAUAUGGAUUACAUAAUCAACAGUGACCUCAUGGAUGGAGAAGGACUGGACUUUAAUUUUGAACCCAUUCUAUCUACUCCCAGCUAUCCCAGCACCUCACAGGCCUCCAACCAUACCUGGGUACCAAGUUAACUUCAGGAGCACAAAAAGUGUCCUUCAGGUUUUGAACAUCGGGUUCUGACUUCGCUUCCCACCCCGGCAGAGAAAAGAACGGAGCAUGUUGGAUACAGCUUCCCUGCACACCACUCCUCGGGCAGAAGGGGCUGCCUACCUGGGAAGAAGGGGGCAACCUGCACCUGGCUGCGACAGGAAGAGUUGAAAAGUAAUAACCUGUUACGUGCCACAUCUCUUCCUACAAACCUGACCUUGCCUUGGACGC